CGUCAUAGAAAAUCGACAUGCACUUCAACAAUAACCUAUUUUUUCUAUGGCAAUAACACAAGAUGGCUCACUGUAGCUACAGUAAAUUCUCACAUUUAUUAAAAUUAACAACCGCUAACCUAAAUAAACCAACAGUGUUACGGACAGGGAGAGACAUUCAACAUGCUCCACAACGCUGCAAAUAUUUCAUACGUUUUCAUAAGACCUCAGGUCCUGAGAGGUCGUUGCAGGAGAGACAGAAGCAGCACAUGGCUCGUGGCUUGCCCAAACAAAAGCCCAUUGCUGGAGUGAAACAAGUUAUUGUGGUGGCCUCAGGGAAGGGGGGUGUUGGGAAAUCAACCACUGCAGUGAAUUUGGCCCUUGGACUCACAGCUAAUGAUCCAAGUAAAACUGUGGGCAUCUUAGACGCUGAUGUUUACGGUCCCUCAAUUCCUAAGCUGAUGAGCCUGAAGGGGAACCCAGAACUAACUGACAACAACCUAAUGAGACCACUUAUGAAUUUUGGGAUUCCUUGUAUGUCCAUGGGGUUUCUGGUAGAGGAUGUUGCACCCAUUGUCUGGAGGGGCCUGAUGGUGAUGUCAGCUAUAGAGAAGCUACUUAGACAGGUAGAUUGGGGACUGCUGGACUACCUGGUUAUUGACAUGCCACCUGGGACUGGAGAUGUUCAGUUAUCAAUCACUCAGAACAUCCCAAUAGCAGGGGCAGUGAUCGUCUCCACUCCUCAGGAUAUUGCCUUGCUGGAUGCACGCAGGGGAGCAGAAAUGUUCAGAAAGGUCAAUGUACCGGUCCUGGGCAUAGUCCAGAAUAUGAGCGUGUUUCAGUGCCCCAAGUGUAACCACCAGACCCACAUCUUUGGGGCAGAUGGAGCAAGGGCCCUUGCUGAUACUCUGGGAGUACAAGUAUUGGGAGACAUUCCUCUACACCUGAGCAUCAGAGAGAUGUCAGACAGAGGCCAGCCUGUAGUGGUGUCCUCACCUGACAGCCCUGAGGCUGAGGCCUACAGAAAGGUGGCGACUGCCGUGGUCCAGCGUCUAGAAGAACUAUCUGGUUGAGUUAUUGCCCUCUACUGUGUAGGACAACUGGACAACUCGUCAUCUACAGGAGAUUCAGUGCAUUCGGAAAGUAUUCAGACCCCUUAACUUUUUCCACAUUUUGUUAUUCUAAAAUGGAUUAAAUAGUUUUUUUCCCCCUCAUCAAUUUACACACAAUACCCAUAAUGACAAAGCAAAACAGGUUUUUCAUUUUUUUUUUGCAAAUGUAUAAAUAAAAAAUAAAAAAGAUAUAACAUUUACAUAAGUAUUCAGACCCUACUCAAUACUUUGUUACAGCCUCAAGUCUUUUUCGAUCGAUUACAGCCUUGAGUCUUCUUGGGUAUGACGCUACAAGCUUGCCACACCUGUAUUUGGGGAGUUUCUCCUAUUCUUCUCUGGAGAUCCCCUCAAGCUCUGUCAGGUUGGAUGGGGAGCGUCACUGCACUGCUAUUUUCAGGUCUCUCCAAAGAUGUUCAAGUCCGGGCUCUAGCUGGGCCACUCAAGGACAUUGAGAUACUUGUCCCGAAGCCACACCUGUGUUGUAUUGGCUGUGCGCUUAGGGUCGUUGUCCUGUUGGAAGAUGAACCUUCGACCCAGUCUGAGGUCCUGAGCGCUCUGGAGCGGGUUUUCAUCAAGGAUCUCGCUGUACUUCGUUCAUCUUUCCCUCGAUCCUGAGAAGUCUCCCAGACCCUGCCGCUGAAAAACAUACCCACAGCAUGAUGCUUCAUCGUAGGGAUGGUGCCAGGUUUCCUCCAGACGUGACGCUUGGCAUUCAGGCCAAAGAGUUCAAUCUUGUUUUCAUCAGACCAGAGAAUCUUGUUUGUCAUGGUCUGAGAGUCCUUGACGUACCUUUUGGCAAACUCUAAGCGGGCUCUCAUGUGCCUUUUACUAAGGAGUGGCUUCCGUCUGGCCAUUCUACCAUAAAGGCCUGAUUGGUAGAGUGCUGCAGAGAUGGUUGUCCUGGAAGGUUCUCCCAUCUCCACUGAGGAACUCCCGAGCUCUGUCCGAGUGACCAUCAGGUUCUCUGUCACUUCCCUGACCCAAGGCCCUUCUCCCCCGAUUGCUCAGUUUGACCGGGUGGCCAGCUCUAGGAAGAAUCUUGUUGGUUCCAAAAUUCUUCCAUUUAAGAAUGAUGGAGUGCACUGUUCUUGGGGACUUUCAAUGCUGCAGACAUUUUUUUGGUACCCUACCCCAGAUCUGUGCGUCGACACAAUCCUGUCUCGGAGCUCUACGGACAAUUCCUUCGACUUAAUGGCUUGGUUUUGGCUCUGACAUGCACUGUCAACUGUGGGACAGGUGUGUGCCUUUCCAAAUCAUGUUGAUUCAAUUGAAUUUACUUGAUUGGUGGACUCCAAUCAAGUUGUAGAAACAUCUCCAAAAUGAUCAAUGGAAACAGGAUGGACCUGUGCUAAAUUUUGAGUCUCAUAGCAAAGGGCCUAAAUAGUUAUGGAAAUAAGGUAUCUGUUUUUAAUUUAACAAAUUUGCAAAAAUGUCUAAAAACCUGUUUUCGCUUUGUCGUUAUGAGGUAGUGUGUAGGUUAAUGAGGGGAAAGAAUAUUUAAUCCAUUGUAGAAUAAGACUGUAACGUAACAAAAUGUGGAAGAAGUGAAGGGGUCUGAAUACUUUCCGAGUGCACUGUAGACCAGAAGAACCCUGCACUCCUCCAUAUCCCUAGCUGUGGAGUACGCACAAAUCCUUGGGGUCUGAGCUGAUUACAUAUCUGUUACAUAGUGUGUAUAUCUAGACCGUGGUAGCAUAAUGUUCCGUUUCAAUAGCAACCUGUCUCUUCAAACCAAUGUGUAUUCAAUAUAUAGAUCCAGUAUUCAUUGUUCAGUCUGAUAUUCAAAUACAACACGUUUAAUUCAAGCCUUGAGAACAAAAUGUGCAGUCGACAGUAAACUAAAUGAAAGUAAUUUAUGCCCUAAAAGCGUAGAGCAAAAAUAAAGGAAUGGUUCUA